AAAGCUCAUCUGCGUCACUGCCUCACCUACGCAGCGCUUUCUGCGGUUCUCCAGGAGCUCAACUGAAGGAGAAAAACAUGCCGCGUUUCACGGUCGCUCGUUUGAAGUGCAAAUGCCUUUAUAGCUAACUCAAGGCAUCAUUUAAUUUCUCUACAGCCGCUUUUUUUCGGACAACAGAAAUCCAUUUGUGACACAAAUGCCAGAUGCGAGCUGUGAUAUCUGCACUGCGUGUUCCGCCGGGAAAAACAAGACUGAAGGAGGCUGAAAGUUUGGAGAGGAAACGUAGCGCCAAAUGUUUAAACUGAGACUUUGUCAACGUCUCCACAGACUCGCCGUGAGGAUGUGAAUUCGCCCUCGCUGUUGUUUCGCGGGAUUCGAGUGGGAUUCGUGACAAAACCUCCGUCCGCUUCUCCGUUACCUCAUCACCUCGUGAAUCAACGUUACGCGUGUCAAAGUCGUGCAGGUUUGGAUUUUCGGCUGUAUUUUUUCCAAAUAAAGGAUUUAAAGGACCACACAUAUCCUAUUACACGAAGACCAACAUCAUUCUCUCUGAACGAAAAGCUUAAACGGGUUUUUUGCUCUUCAACCGUUUGGAUGAUGGUGACAUGGUGACCAGCUGGUGCUCAUUACAAGUUGCAGACAGCCUGGAUAAACUCCCCAAUCGCCUGUGGAAAUCUAGCGCUCUCCAAGGACAGGAGGAAUUUACAUCUUUGUGCACUGUAAUUGGUGUCAUAUCUGAUUAUGGUGGUUGUGCUGUUUGGAUUUUCAUUUACCAUCUCUCAAUAGGCUCUAGAAGAUUACAGUCACACUACGCACACAGUUCUCUUCUGUUUCUUUUGGCAUGAAACAUUGCAAUUAUCUCAUUACUAAGUUCAUCAUCAGGAGAGCUGAAUGAGGAUAUAGACCAACAACGAGACCGGGCUUGAUUUAUCUGUGGAUGACCUGCUGCAAAUGCCUCCACCACCCCUGCCCCUACCUCCCUGCCCCUUGCAUAGCCAGGAUGGAAAUCUACAUCAAUAGGAUGGAGCCUGCCGAAUAAAAGGCUUUUUGGUGAAAACUAUGCCUGGAUGCUAAUAGAAAUCCAUGUUGGAAUACUUGCCAUGCAAAAAGUCUUUGAGAUUUUUGACAGCUUUGCUUUCGGAAGGCCUGGUAUCUUGGGUUUGAUUGUUUCGCUUGUGCAACUGGAUAUAAAGGAGCGCCACCAGUGAUUUUUCGGUGCAGAAGAGAGAUCGAGCAUGUCCUUGCAGCGACCAAACCGCCUGUGCGGUGUCUGGAGGGCCAUGUGUCUACGGCUAAGCCUCAGCGCUAGCCUGGAUCUUCCGUUCUUGUGUUGGAUAUUAGGCUUGGCAUUGCACGCUCAGCUAGCUGCUUCACAAAAACUGGAUGAGACGGAUCCGGUCGUCACUACAACUUACGGCAAACUGAGGGGAUUCAAAAAAGAACUCAACAACGAGAUUUUGGGACCCGUCAUCCAAUUUUUGGGCGUCCCCUAUGCCGCACCUCCUACGGGAGAAAGGCGUUUCCAACCGCCUGAACCUCCGAUCUCGUGGUCCGAAAUCCGUAACGCUACCCAAUUCGCCCCCGUUUGUCCCCAAACCCUGCUGGAGGGCAGGCUACCGGACGUUAUGUUGCCGGUUUGGUUCACCAACAGUAUUGAAGUGGUGUCAACCUACGUACAAGACCAGAGUGAGGACUGCCUAUUCUUAAACAUAUACGUGCCAACUGAGGAUGUAAAAAGAAUAUCCAAGGAAUGUGCCAGAAAACCCGGCAAGAAAAUUUGUAGAAAAGGAGGUCCUCUUUCAAAGAAACAGAAUGAUGAUUUAGCUGAUAAUGACGGUGCUGAGGAUGAAGACAUUCGUGAGAGCGGGAGCCCUAAACCCGUGAUGGUAUUCAUACACGGAGGAUCGUACAUGGAAGGCACGGCGAACAUGUUCGACGGAAGCAUCUUGGCUAGUUACGGCAACGUCAUCGUCAUAACCGUAAACUAUCGGCUUGGUGUGCUCGGUUUUUUGAGCACGGGAGACCAGGCGGCCAAAGGAAACUACGGGCUUCUCGAUCAAAUCCAGGCCCUGCGCUGGACGAGCGAAAACAUUGCGUUCUUUGGGGGUGACCCUUUACGCAUUACUGUUUUUGGGUCUGGGGCCGGGGCCUCAUGCGUCAACCUCCUGACUCUUUCCCAUUAUUCUGAAGGUAACCGUUGGAGCAAUUCAACCAAAGGUCUUUUCCAACGGGCCAUAGCCCAAAGUGGCACAGCAUUGUCCAGCUGGGCUGUCAGCUUUCAGCCAGCCAAGUAUGCCCGCAUGCUGGCUAAAAAAGUGGGGUGCAACCUCAAAGAUACAGUUGAGAUGGUAGAGUGCCUACAGAAAAAACACUACAAAGAAUUAGUGGAGCAGGACAUCCAGCCCGCUCGCUAUCACAUCGCCUUUGGACCUGUCAUCGAUGGCGAUGUCAUCCCCGAUGACCCUCAGAUCCUUAUGGAACAGGGGGAGUUCCUCAACUAUGACAUCAUGCUGGGCGUCAACCAAGGCGAAGGGUUAAAAUUUGUAGAACUCAUUGUGGACAACGAGAACGGCGUCCAAGCCAAUGAUUUCGACUACGCCGUGUCGAGUUUCGUAGAUGACUUGUACGGUUAUCCCGAGGGGAAGGACAUUCUGCGGGAGACUAUUAAGUUUAUGUACACCGACUGGGCGGAUCGUCACAACCCGGAGACCAGGAGAAAGACCCUGCUGGCACUGUUCACAGAUCAUCAGUGGGUGGCACCAGCAGUGGCCACAGCAGAUCUUCACUCAAGCUUUGGCUCCCCUACUUAUUUCUACGCCUUCUACCAUCACUGCCAAACCGAGCAGGUGCCUCCAUGGGCAGACGCCGCGCAUGGUGAUGAGAUCCCUUAUGUGUUUGGGUUGCCAAUGAUGGGUCCAACCGAGCUCUUCCCUUGCAACUUUUCCAAAAAUGAUGUGAUGCUUAGUGCAGUGGUGAUGACAUACUGGACCAACUUUGCAAAGACCGGUGACCCCAACCAGCCAGUUCCACAAGACACCAAGUUUAUUCACACCAAACCUAACCGAUUUGAAGAAGUGGCCUGGACGCGAUACAACCAGAAGGAUCAACUAUACCUUCACAUUGGUUUAAAGCCACGUGUCAAGGAACAUUACCGGGCCAACAAGGUCAACCUGUGGCUGGAACUGGUGCCUCAUCUUCACAGCCUCAACGAAGUCACCCAAAUCAUUUCCACCACCACUAAGUUGCCUCCAGCCGAAGUUACUCCCCGUACGCCAAAGAAGAUCCAAGUCAACACCAAAAGGCCCUAUCCUACACCGUUCCCCACGGAAACACAGGACAGCCACAACCAGAACCAAAACCAACCUUUUUUGGUGGACCAGCGGGACUAUUCCACAGAGCUAAGCGUCACGAUUGCCGUAGGUGCUUCGUUGCUCUUCCUCAACAUCUUGGCUUUCGCUGCACUCUACUACAAGAAAGACAAACGGAGACACGAGGUUCAUCGACGCUGCAGCCCACAAAGGACCACCGCCAAUGAGCUGCCCCACACGCAGGAGGAAGAGAUCAUGUCUCUCCAAAUGAAACACAGUGAUCUGGAGCGGGAAUGUCGGGAGGCCAUGCACCCGCACGAGGUGGUCCUGAGAACUGCCUGUCCACCUGAUUACACGCUCGCCAUGCGCCGUUCGCCGGACGACAUCCCGCUCAUGACCCCGAACACCAUCACCAUGAUACCCAACAGCAUGCCGGGCCUUACCUCUUUACACCCGUAUAACAGUUAUUCCAGUGGACAAAAUAACACCCUACCCCAUCCACACCCUCAUUCACACUCCACCACUAGAGUAUAGCCACACCCAAAUACGAACAUACAUACACGCAUACACUUCCGCAGAUGUGGAGUGCGAGUGUGGCAAUGGACAAUGGCCAGAGGUGACAUCACCCGGUGAGGAAUAUCUUUACUCCAGUUCAAAGGAACAGGAAACAACUUUUCUUCUUUCCUCGAGAGCAAAACUAUCAUUUUAUAUCAGAGGGGAAAACAAAACGGACGAAAACAGCGCAAAACAAUUUCUGAUUUAAUGAGAAACAAACAGAGAUGAUUUUUUACACCUUGUAUUGUGACAAAACCAGGACCAUUUCUUGGAAACAAUUAUCAGUCUGGGAUUCUUUGAGGAAUGUUUGAUUCGUUAGCCGGAGAGGAAACAGCGGAAUCAGAGAAGAGAUGACGUGUGGGAGGCUCUUUGUAAACACAAGGAAACAUAUUGUUUUCCCGAGGCACUGGAUUGUAGAUUACACUCUUCUGAGCAGAGGGGAAAUGCUGCUUACCUAAUUUAGGUGUGUGUUGUCCUGGUGGUAGCAUUGUAAGAUACGGAAUACAUUGUUAAGGGAAAAAAGGAAAUCCUCAAGAAUAUGCACAAUAGAGACAUUCUCCGAAUGUCUUUGAAAUCUUUUUGUCAAUUUAUUUUUUGGGGGAACCAUUUUAUUGUAUAGGACCUAUUUACAUAUCUAGAUAUGUACACAAGCACCCAUGCUCUUUAAGCCCUGGCUGGGGGCGUUGAUACUGAGGAUUCUGCCUCAAGAGCGUAGCGGGGAAUUUAUUGGCUUCCUGGCAGAUACAGCUUCAUCACACAAGUGCUGUCUAUACUGAGAACUGGUGGACUGGAGGCUGGAUAUUUUUAGCACGAUGCGCAUGACAAUUUAUCUGCUUGGUGGCUGUUCUGCUGAUUAAGUCAUUAUUUAAAACGGAAAAAAUCAUUUUCUUCCCCAUUCGGAUUCGUUUGAGGAGAUACUGCUCUGAUUGGCUCGGGAAUUGGAAUUUGGUGGCGAGGGCGGACACUGAGGGUUCUGAUUGGAUGGGGUGACGGAAAGGGGUGGGGAUAAGCUAAAUAGAUUGCAUUCGCAAAUAGAUCGAGUGAACCUGGUUAUGAGGACUAGUUUUGUACUUGUGUGUUGGUAAACUUUUUAAUAGUGGUGAAUCACUUGUUGUUUGAGCUCCCACACGUGGGACAUUAAUGUACCUUUUGAUUUGCUCAUUGGUCUCAGCUAUUGUUUUAUUUUUUUUGAUCGUUUUCACCUCUUGCUAAUAGUCAAACCAUGUUACCUUACCAGAUUUAUUACCUGUAAUGUUUGAUUAUCAUCCUUUUUUUGUUGCUAUGCUUUAUGAGGCAGUUCCCGUACGCGACUACGAGCGACUAUUUACCAACGCAGGGAUUUAUGCGGUACAACUUUAGAGCUCUGGAGUCAUGCGCUGGUAUCCCCUCAUCCAGAACUUUCUGUGGUUCUCCUGAAUGAUCAACCCCAGCGAUUCCCACACUGAAGACAGGACGGCCCCUGAUGAAAGGGUGUAUUAGGGGCCCUUCUUAUCUUGCAAAGCCCUUGAUCAUACUGCUUAACGCUAGCUAUAUAAAAGAAAGAAAUGGAGAAUGUGGAUGAAAAGAGGUAAAAGAGAGCAGUUGAAGGCGAGAGAUGGAUCUGCUGGUGCGAGAGCCACUUUGUCAGUUCUUACCCACAGAUCAGUGGCUGCUGCUCAGUAGUCCCAGUGCUAAAAGUUUAACAAGCCGGUUUCACCUGCACAUCUCUCCGUAAUUGCCGGUUUUAUCCAGGUGAUAUCCGAAUCCUCAUUAAACAUCAAGUUUAUAAUUAUUUUGACAUUUUUCCUCAAAGCUGUGUUAUGUAACAUACUACAGUACAUGCUAAUGAUCAACACCAAUGAAUCCCAGACUAAAAACAGGAGGGCCUGUGAUGAGAGGGUCUUCUGAUCUUAAGAGGCCCUUGAUCAUACAAUUUAAAGCUAGAAAAAGAGAAUCUUGAUUACUUUAUUCAGAGCCUCAUUACGUAACAUACGUCAUGGUAUAAAACAGAUCCUACCGUAAGCUUUCAGUGACUAUAAUUGCUACAGGACUUUCCUUGUGGUCACUAUUAAGAUGUUCUGAUCUGCAGUAUAAAUCUCAUUACACCUCUCUUAUCAGCAUGUAGCCUGUAAUCAUAUAUACAACAUUCAUAAAUGAAUAAUUUUCUCAUUUUCAAAAGCCCCCAUUCUUAUUUUUGCAAACAAGCAACAUGAUUUGUUGGGUUGCUUGAUUUUUUACUUCUGGAUCAUCAUGCUGGAUAGCCCUGCCCACAGUGAGAUCUUAUUGGUCCUGCUCAGCAUACCUGCAUAUUAAAACUUGUUCCGAUUGGCUGGGAUUAUGGAUAUGGUUGGCUAGGAUACAGAGCUCACAAAAGAAGCCAGUUAGGUAGCGUCACACAACAUUUCACAUCUCAAGGUAAUUAAAUAAUAGUUGUGUGUACAACAGUGAGCGAAAAAACGCAAGUUUGUGGGAGUGAAUACCUGAGCCCUGGUGACCAGCUAGUGGCAGAAAACUAAUGAGGGAUAUGAAUUGUGCAAUUCACUUCCUGAUCCCCAACAUUAUGUUUCCAUUCAAUACACAACAUCCUCUGAACGUCCACUCUCUGUUUUGGCAUCACCUAUGACAACCAUACAAAGUAAAUCAAGGCAACAGAGAGCUCUUCUCUGUGUACCAGUCCCCAUCUACAGGUAUACAUAUGCAAAGUGAACCUGCCUAUGCGUCCCCCUCCAAAAGAAAGCUCUUUUGAUCGAUAUUAAAAUGUAAUGAACCGUCCACCGGCGAGCCGCUUUGAGGAUUCAUCUCGUGCAUGCACAUGUAGCAGAGAGAGAGCUGGGAUUCAUCUGUAAUUGAGGAGAUCUCCAAUCGUUCAGUAUGUCUCACGCACAUAAACACACACACACGUAUGUAUGCCAGGAUGAGCCUUGUAACUGAAUGUAAUCCAAGACCGAGGGCCAUUUUCUUACAAACAGCAACCAAAUUACAUUGUGUUUAUUUUCUACUGGCUGACCUUGGAAGAAGAUCAAAAUGGCUGUUUAUGAGAACUACAGAGGGUUGUUGUGAUGUAGAUUAUUUGUCAUUUUGUCUUUCUUUCUGGUUAAAUAGGAUUUAAUCUUCUGGAGCACAAUAAAUGAUUUUAUCAAGCUCAGUCUGUCUUUACUGUUGGUUUGUUUUUGAUUGUGUAUUUUGAUGUACAGGCAUGGCCGUAUCAAGGGUUUGAAAAUAAGUGCGGUCCAGGGUGGGGUGUUAAGAGUUAACAAAUGCAAUUGAAUGUAUUUUGUGUAAACCUUGUUACCAUUUACACAAUCUGUCCAUCUGUUUGGAGUGAUGGGCAUUUUUAUAUUAGGCCCUAUUAGAUCACAAUUUCUUACUACUUUACUGUUAAUUAUUAAUUUAUUUUUCAUGCAACAGUACUAUUAU